AUGCUUGGAGCACUUCCUAACGCUAGCUAUGCUUAUUAUGGACCCCAAAGAAAGGGGUCAAAGCCGUUACUAAGAAGAAGCCGAACAAGGCUCAAUGGUGGUGAUUUCUCCGAAUAUUGGGACUUGUUCCCAGAGCAAGAGCUAGUUUUCUUCCCUCUCAGCGUUGAUGGAGAGUUCGAGGCUCAGCUUGAGCUUAUGUUUAUCUAG